AUGACGUCAUCAACUUCUCCUCACGUCGUCCUCCACACCCUUUUUAGAGAGCAAGCUGCUAAAACACCUGAUCACAUUGCCGUGGUUGGUGGUGGCAGUAGAGGUGCUUCACCUCGUACCUCUCUCACCUAUGCUGAACUUGAUUCCCUUAGUGACUCUCUGGCGGCGCGUCUUCAGUCAGAGUAUGGUGCCGGUAUAGGAUCCCUAGUAGGCAUAUACAUGCCCAAGGACGUUGGCUAUGUCGUCAGCUACAUCGCUGCUCUCAAGGCUGGAGGAGCGUACAUGCCCAUCGAUGCAAACUACCCCGACGAUUUACUCCAGAUGGUCAUGGACGAUGCGAAGCCCUGUUGUGUCUGUACCACGAAGGCUCUGGCUGAGAAACUUCCGGAAUCGCAAAAGAAAUUUAUUUUCGACGAUGAGAGUUCCAUCUGGCGCAAGGAGCUCAGUGAUGGUGAAAAGCCACAAGACUUGGGCGUCAAGGAGACCGACCCGGCGUAUUGUGUUUACUCCAGUGGUACCACAGGGAAGCCUAAGGGAAUCGUGUGUCCUCACAGAGGUGCGGUAGUGAGCUAUGAUUACCGCUUUGGAGCGUAUCCCUAUGGGGAGGAUGAGCGUGAGGCAUGUAAUGUAUUCUUCGUGUGGGAGCUCCUCCGUCCACUGCUGAAGGGGGCAACUCUUUACGUGGUUCCCGACGCUGUCAUUUACGACUCUGCUAUUCUACCUCAAUAUAUUAAGGAGAACGAGAUUUGUAGGAUGCUGUUCACCCCCUCGCUGUUGGAGGCGAUGUUGGACUCCCCCGGGGUCGCCGACAUGACUGGGCUGAAACUUGUGAUUCUUUGUGGUGAGGUGGCGUCUACGCAGUUGCGUCAGAAAAUACGCAAACAUCUCCCCAAGACGAGAAUUCACAACUUGUACUCCGUUUCGGAGUGUCAUGAUGUGGCUGGGUCAGAUCUUACUGUUGAUGACCUUCAGCUGGAGCCAUCGAAUAGGAAGUUUUGUCCGGUCGGCAACUUGCUACCGCAAGUGAAGGUGAACAUCCUUGAUCCGGAAUCACUAGAGCCAGUGCCCCUUGGUGUGGCUGGAGAGAUCUAUGUGGAAGGCCCUACUCUGGCAAUUGGCUAUCUCAAUCGCCCUGAGCUGACUGCAGCUAAGUUUAUCACGAGGAAUGGCAAACGAAUGUAUAAGACUGGUGAUGUCGGCUAUGUGGUGGAGGGGGGUAUGCUGGAGAUAUCUGGUAGAUGUGAUUCCAUGGUCAAGAUUCGUGGAUACUCCAUUGAGCUCAAGGCGGUAAUGGCCAUAUAUGAGCUUUGUGGUGAUAUCAUUCACGAGUGCAUCGUAACAACAGCGAUGCAUAACGACGAUCGGAAACUUGUUGCUUAUGUGGUCCGUAAGAACCCCUCAGCUGAUGCUGGGUUGGUGAAGAAAACUAUCAAGUCUAAACUGAAGAGCCGUCUUCCUUUUUAUAUGAUUCCCACGUACAUUUCGGUGUUGUCGACUUUGCCUGUGAACAGUACUUCGGGCAAGCUGGAUGCCAAGAGGCUGCCCGAAAUCGACUUCGCGAAUGAGAGCUCAGAUAUGACGGUGCCACCAGCUACCACCACUGAACGUACUAUAGCGUCCAUCUAUGCUACAGUGCUGGACAUACCUACUUCGACUGUAGAUGUGACACUGGGUUUCUUUGAGCUCGGAGGGCAUUCGUUAUUGACGAUAAAAUUGCUGCAGUUGCUGAACGCUGAGUACCCUGAGAAGGAAAUCGCCCUGCAAGAUCUGUUUGAUCAUCAGUCGGUUAGGAGGAUGGCAGAUUUCAUAGUCGCAGAUAGAGCCGUCUCAGAUGAAGAAUUAGACUUGCACCAGGAGGUCUCCAUUUUACAGAAGUCCUUUCUCGUCAAUCCUUCUUCUAUGCAGCAAGUGAGGGCUUUCUGGCGGAACAUUGUUAACGAGGGAUCGUUCGGCAACUCUAGGCCUUCUUCUGAUACUCUACAGAAUGUGUUGCAAUCCCAGGGAGCAGUGGUGGUCCCUGCUGGUGGUUUUAGAGUACUAUAUGCGGCUAGUGGUUGCGAUGUGGCAUCAGUUGUCCACGACGUAUGUUUAAAAAUACCCGCUUUGAAAGGCGUUAAGGGUGCUAUUGUUACAACCCUAGAUGAUAAUGAUGUUGGCGAGAGAGGUCUGAAUGCGUUCCUGAUGGAGAUCUCUCGUGCCAUGGGUUUCCCAAUGGUGGCUCUGCCGGCUAACAGUUCCAUCGACAGUGUAGCACAAUAUGUCAGUGCAAGCGCUAAACACCAAUAG